UGAUCGAGUGAGGAAGAGCACCAGAUAGCAAGAAAUAAAUUUAAACAGAAGAAAAAAAGAAAAGAAAUGGCGGGGGUGUUAGUGGGGGUUUCCCAGUACUCUCUACUUGCGGUGAGGCGCAGUGUUGGCUUUGGAUUACAUAGAAACCGUAACAAUAGCACUAGUAUUAUUUGUUGUUUAACCCGAAGGCUGCCGAAAUUGCGGUCAUCUAGGGGAUUUGGUGACAGAUCGGACCAACGGCAGUGCCUUUUGGCUGCUGCUGCUUCGGGGGCUAUCUCUUCUGACCCCCUUAAAGCGUCUACAACCGUUACCGUCAACUCCAUCCAACCGGAUACCGUUAAUGGCGGUGGUGACGGAGACGGAUUUGGUAACAGAGGCGAAGGCGGAGGUGGCGGCGGCGGGGACAACGACAAGGGCGAGGGCGGCUCUGACGAGAACAACAGGAAGAUGUCGGGCCUGUCCAUGUCUCAGAAAUUAACUCUAGCUUAUGCUGCUCUUGUUGGAGCGGGCGGUGUUAUGGGCUAUUUGAAGAGUGGCAGCCAGAAGUCACUGUUGGCAGGGGGACUAUCAACCUCAUUAUUGUAUUAUGUUUACACAGAGCUUCCCACCAGACCCAUUAUUGCAUCAUCCAUAGGGCUUGGCCUGUCUGCUGCACUCCUGGGAGUGAUGGGUUCCCGUUUUAAGAAAUCAGGGAAGAUAUUUCCAGCGGGUGUUGUAUCGCUUGUGUCGCUUAUAAUGACCGGAGGCUACUUACAUGGAAUUCUGCGAAGCCUACACUGAAAUGUGUGAAAUGUGCAUAGUGAGACAUAAGUGUUUUACUGAAGCUGUAUGGUUGUCACCAACUUUGAUCCUAAUAUAUCUCAUCUGGUAGUAAGGAUCGGUGUUUUGGCAUUUAUUCCUGCGUAGGAUUGACUCGAACUUGUUUGAACAAUGUUCCUAUGUGCCUGUUUCUCUACUAAAACUUUUGACUUUGCAUCUGAUUGCUUUGUAUUCUCCAAAUUUUUAUUAUGUGUACUUGAGGGUGAGUUUAUAAGA